AAAGGCAGUAACUGCUCAUUAGCUUUAGCCUCUGGCACGCCAGGGUGAAUUUACGAACUGUAUGGGGUGCACGUCUAACUGACUUGUCAGCUGGCUAUCGAUCGUGUGGUGUAACGUUACUGAUUCAAAUAACCCAUUGAAUGUCUGAAUAAAAUUAUAGGGAUUAUAUUCAUUAUAGGGGUAAUAGAUUGAAGCUAGUAUAAAUGUAUUAUCGCCUUUUAUUGGAGCAGGUGGCACAAAUAUAUUGCUUCGUGCUAAUUUAGGUAGGUUUUUUACAUUUUGGUCAGCUCUAGCUAGAUGGCUGUCACUGGCUGUGUGUGUGGUGUACUGGUUCAAAGAAACCAUCAGAUGAAAUUUCAGAAUAUAAUUAAUUAUUGGGCUAAUAUAUUGAAGUUAGUAUCAAUUGCAGAUAUCUUAUGGGAGCUGGUAGCAUUGUUAGUCUAUGCUCGCUAGCUAAUUAAUUAUGUUCUCAGAUCUACUUAGCUAGCUAGUUCUUACUAGUAUCUGGAUGUCGGCGUUUCAGAGCAAAUUCAACCAUCCUUUCCACCCGGGUAUGCUGUGCCAUGAUGUUGUAUCCCUAGAUUAGCAAUGUACGUGUGUGUAGCUGUCAGUCAGUGUCAUACAAGUUUGAUUGUAUCUCUAUCAGAAUGCAAUGAUAUGAUAUCAAGGUAAAAGGCAUUAACUGCAGCCAAGGGCCGGUUAAAACCAAGUUAUAAGGCAGUAUGUUAUGUUACUGCAAUUUACCUUAGUUUCACAGUAACUUUUUGCGGUUACUGCUAAUAUGAACCCCCAUUUUCUCCAAAACACAAUACACUAGAGGCAGGAUACUUGUCCACACAAUUAAGUGUCAUUAACUAAUUUUCGACCAAAAUAGCAGUUACUGCCUUUUUGCUUGGUAGGGCAGUAUAACGAUAUCAAAGAUGCCAAAUGAAAUAAAUGAAGCCAGCCAGUGUACCAGCCAUGUCGCGACACGAUAGAACGUUUAUCGACAGCGCCUAGCGACUGUUACUACAGUAUUUAAGUAACCAAUAAAAAUGCACAAUGUUAUAUUUCUUUGACUUCAUUGGCACAUUCAAAUAAAAAAGUAUUUUCCAUCGAGAAAAUGAUGCAGUAGCUAAACUGUUUCAGUUGAUACUUUUACAAAUUCUGCUAAUAAUAUCUCUGUUGAUUUGACCGGCGAUGAUGAGUUGCCGUCGUCAUUUGAUACUCUGCGUCCUCUUAUUGCUAUUUGAUGAAGGGUCCCUGAGGUACAUCCCAUUCCCAGCAGCACCCCUCAUCCCUGCUGCCUACACCUUGGAGCCACAGGGAGACCUCUCAACAAGCCAAGAUGUCCUCACUCCUUCCCCAUCACAUCUUCUGACCCAAACUCACCACAAUCCAACAGCAGCAUCCAAAGACCAGCGCAACACACCAUCCCAUCAAGAUAUUAGUGAUCUAUCUGGACUUUCAACCAUUGGCGAUACUGACCACUUUGACUCAAUAUCCACAACUUCUCCAAGUGGUGGUCUCAAAUUCAAUGCCAGUCAACUUAUCAAUGAUCAAGCAUCAUCAUCAUCAGCUCACGAUAUUGGCUACACUGAACAGAUAGACAACGAAACUAAAAUGGUGACCGCCAGUGGUUGGAAUAACAGCAGUGAUGUUACACCUUCCUCUUCUUCUGCUAUUUCUUAUUCUGAGCUAAACAACUCUUAUGAUGGAAUCAACGCUAGCCAGAGCAACGCUAGUGGCCACACUGAAGUUCUCUCUGUGACUUUGGAGGACAGUCCUCAUCCGAAUGGAUCUGUGGUGGUACUGGAAACAAGUGAUCCGUUAGCUGAUCUAAACGUUGAUCCUAUGUCAGCCCCUGAUGUCAUUGACUUCUACACUCAUCGGACAGAUUCUGUCUCCGUCACCGAUGACCUUGCAAACACUAGUCUUAGUUUACAUCGUAACAACACUAACGUUACUGUCACAGUAGAUACUAGUGCAGUUGUUACUGAGACGGCAGCGCAGGCUGAACCGACCACAGACGUAAUGCUGGGCCUGGAGGAGGAGGAAGAGCGGGAAGAAGAAGAGGAGGAGGAAACCAGUGGCCAUCUUAAUACUACUCAGGAUGCUUCACUCUCAGACCCCCUGAUCGACGAUAUUAAUCAGGCUUAUGACUCAACAGGUGACUAUAAUGUUAGCGCUGAGGAUAAUGGCUCUGUGAUAACAGGUCACUAUAAUGUUAGCGCUGAGGCUAAUAGCUUUGUGAUAACAGGUGACUAUAAUGUUAGCGCUGAGGCUAACAGCUCUGUAAUAACGCGUGACUAUAAUGUUAGCGCUGAGGCCAACUACUCGUCCUCAGUUGCUAUUAGUGGCUUCAGCAACAAAUUGUACUUAAUAAGAGAAGAAGCAAAUGCUCACAAUGAAAGUCAGGAAGCCGUUACCCUUUCCUCUUCCGCCAUUGGCUACACUGAAUAUGAAGAUUCCAUCGAAGCGACCAAUGACUACCAGAGUACUGUUACCAGCGGAGACGAAGGAACAACAUCACCUACGGUUACUAGUACCAGCGUGGAGCGGAGUGGCGUGAAUGAGAACCAGGAAGUGCUUCCUAUUGUGGCUCCUAUGAUUGGCUAUCCUUCUGUGGAGUCUGAGGAUUCUGAUGAAAGCACCACAAAGUCAACUGUUGUGCUGAACUAUAUUGACUAUAUUGACUCUGAACCUAGUUACUCUAACCACUAUGUGAAUGUAGCCAGCAGUGAAAAAGCUGCCCACUCUUCAUCCUCCUCCUCUCCUCUUGAACCUGACAGUGACCACCUCCAAUCUGAUGAUGAUGCUGAACUAGAGGUACUAGGCUCUGGGUUGGAGGAAGAGGAGGAGAAUAGGAGUGGAGAGAACAACUGUAGCAGCUGUAGCUAUGGUAACACCACCGCCAGUGCCAUUGACAACACUGACUAUGAUUGGGGCUCGGCUGAAGUCAGUACGACAGGUAACCAGGGUAACAGCACAGCAGACAUUGAAGUCCCAACUGAAGUUAGUAGGAUUGGUCAGGGAAACAGCAGCAGCAUCUCUAUGGUACCCUCUGCUGAAAACAUGGUCAGCUCUGUCCAUGGUAACUCCACAGUCAUUGUUCUAUCUGACUACAGUGACAAAAACAUCACCACUACUCUGACCCCCACCAACCGUACCAGAGAACGGGUUAUUGUGAGUACCACCCCCACCGCCGUGCUUGAGGAACCCACAGGAGAGAGCCGACGUGGGACUGCAUGUUCUCCCAGCAAGGCCCUACCCUCCACCACCACCAGUCUGGAAGCCAAAGAGGAGGAGAAGGACCAGAAAGCGUCUGAUGCUGCAAAGAAGGCAGUGUCAUUGUGGAACAGGGGCCGCGCGUCGUGGCCUCGGUUUCUAUGGAUGCGCAGGUAUUAGAACUACGGAACUCUGGGACCGGAACAGUUCUGAGGGGAUUAAUGAAAGAUAAGAGAUUAACAUUUGUAUUGUUUUUUUAGAUGUUGACAUGGUUACAGUAGUUUGGGUGUUUAAUGUUCUUCCAUGUCCAAUAUGUUGUUGUACAUUCCUACAAUAUAUAUAUUUGAAAUAUAUAGUCCUCAAUAGUUACUUGUGUGUU